CUGGGCGGCCCGCGGCCGCCGGGGCUCGGGGUUCCGUGAGGACUUGAGGAAGCGGGGCCGGGCCGGGCAGGGCCGGGGCUCCGCGGCCGCCAUGGGCAAUCUGUUCGGCCGCAAGAAGCAGAGCCGGAUCACGGAGCAGGACAAAGCCAUCCUGCAAUUGAAACAACAACGAGAUAAAUUGAAGCAGUACCAGAAGAGGAUCACCCAGCAACUGGAGAGGGAAAGGCAAUUUGCCAGACAACUUCUUCGUGAUGGAAAGAAAGAAAGGGCCAAAUUACUGCUUAAGAAGAAGCGUUACCGGGAACAGCUCUUGGAUAAGACAGAAAACCAAAUCACGAAUCUGGAAACUAUGGUUCAGAAUAUCGAGUUUACCCAGAUUGAAAUGAAAGUGAUUGAAGGCCUGAAGUUUGGAAAUGAGUGUCUGAAUAAAAUGCAUCAGGUCAUGUCCUUAGAAGAAGUGGAAAGGAUAAUGGAUGAAACCCGGGAUGCCGUGGAGUACCAGAAGCAAAUUGAUGAUCUCUUGGCUGGCAGUUUUACUCAAGAAGAUGAAGAUGCUAUCUUAGAGGAACUGGAAGCAAUCACUCAGGAACAAGUCGAGCUUCCAGAAGUUCCUUCAGAACCCCCUUCAGAGAAGAUUCCAGAGAAGGAACCCAUCAAGACAAAGCCAAAACAGCCAGAACUGGUGGCAGCAUCUUAACCUUUCCUCCCCCACUGGGGCCUUGAAGGGACUUCCUAAGGAACUGUAACCCCCCCACAGAGGGUUUGGGUUCUCAGUCCCAGGAAUGGGCAUGCCCUGGAACUCUCCUGGACUUGACAGGGCAGAGCAAAGCAAAGUGGACAGGGGAAUGCUGACUGAUCAGCAGCACAUUUAUUGCUCUUGUAUCAAGAUUUUUUUUCUAGAGCAUUUUUUUCCUGGUACUUUAAAGUCUGAAUGCACUUUAGUAGUGCUGUCUUUCUCUCAUCUCUGGAUUAAAUGGUGACUUGCAAACUUUUCAAGCCAAAUGCUGUUGCUAAAGGUUGUGAUUUCCAUAAUGGUCAAGCCCCAAUCACAACACUCUUGGUGCUGUAUUUACACUACCUACCCCAGACCCAGUAUGUGCUUGAAGAACUCCUUUCUCCAUAGACCUUUUCUAGGGGUUUGGCUACGUUGGGAAGGAGCAGAGGACUCUUCUUUGAGUAGGUCCACCACCAAGAGGAGAGGUCAUUUGAUUUGGGUUCCUAUUGGAUUCUGUGUGGGACCAGAGGAAGGAAGGGCAGAGGAAGUCCUUGUAAACAGCGCCUUUCUGUGCUGCUCUUCUGGGUCAUCUUAUCCACACUGAACCAAAAGGUAAGGCUCAAGGAGGGAGAACACAGACUUUAGCUUCAUUCUUCUCAUUAUUUUCAUUGUGUUGUUAAAACUGGGACUGCCUUGGGGGAAAUAUCACUGGUCUUUCUACAGGAUUUCCAGUAGUGUUCUUGAAAGGUUCUAGGCUGUGGUUCCAGCAAGGAAGUUCUCUCCUGUGAAAAUCUGGGAUGUUGUGUCUUCUAACCAACCAUUUUCAAGCCCUAGAUUCACCUGAAAUUUUCAUUUCCUUAAAUAUGGCUGCUAUCCUAUCUGCCAUAUAAUAUAGCAUUAAUUUUCUUCUGAAGUGGGAUGGGAAUUGCUUCAUGCCAUUGGCAUAGUUCCUGUUUUUAUAUUAGGCACUGGGGCUCACAUUUGACUUCUCUCCAUUUGAAAUAAGCAGAAGCAGAGAUUCUAGCAGAGCAACCUUCUAACCUUAUACAAUCUCUCCUCCCUCCAAAUAAAACAAAGAAAAAAUAUCUAGCAUUGUUUUAGUCUAGUCUCUACAGUCAGUUCUCAUAAGGGUAGGAUGGGGUUGGACUUUUGCCUUUAUAGAACUUGGGGCAGAAUGUGUCUUGUGGCCUGAAAUUUCCUUUUAGGCAGCUAUGUGGAUAAGAUAGGCAGCAGAGAUGUCGAGGUGGAUUCUAAUAAAAAUAUCAUUCAUUGGCUGUCAUCACCUCUGCAUAGUCUUGAGUUUGAGUGAUUUUCUCCACAAGCACAUUGUUCUGUGAUCCCCCAAACUACUGAUCCUUGAGACACCAGCUUAUCCCUUGUUGAAAUAAAUUCAUAUCAUCCUCUGGAUGUUUGAUUUUAAACCUGAGGAUGUCUGGUGGUAUGUAAAUUAGCCAGUAGGGGGAGGCUCAUCCUCUAAUCUACAAAGUUAAUCUUUGCAGGAAGCAUCAGGCCUUGUCUGACUAACUUGGAACUGACUACUUCCACCUCCCCAUUUCCUGCUCAGUGACAAAACCAUAGACCUGGAGCCAGAUGGGACCUCAGAGGCUAGCUAGUCCAACCCCUUCAUUUUACAGCUAAGCAAACUGAGGCCUCGGGGUGUUAAGUGACGUGCCCAGUCUCAGAGAUGAGAUCUGAACCUAGGCUCUCCGACUGCAGAGGGCAGUUGUUUUUCACGGUACCACAGAGUUGUAAUAAAGUAUUUAAGCAAGUGAUAGUUUUCUUUGAGCCGAGGGAUCAGAAGACUAGUUGGGUUUUGUAGAACAGAAAGGCAUAGAAUCACAGAAUUUUAGAUUUGUAAGGGACCCUCAAUGAUCAUCUAGUUCAUCCCUUACCUGAAAAAGAAUCCCUAUUUCAACAUACCCAGUUAAGUAGCCAUCUAUCUUCUGCUUGGAGACCUUCAAUGAUGGGUAACUCACUACCUCCCAAGGCAACCCGUUCUACUUAUGGUUAGCUCUAAGUGUUAAACACUUUUUCCUGACAUGGAGUCAAAAUUGGUCUCCUUUGGGGCCUUAUAAGUCUAAUCACUGUUCCAUGUGACAGCCCUUAAAGGCAUUUAUCAUGUUACCUACCCUCAAAUCCCAAGGCUUUUCCUCUUUAGGCUAAAUAUGCCUGGUUAUUUUAACUAAUACACACACACACACACACACACUUCUCAUGGAUUAAAUCCCUUCAAUUUGGUUGUUCUCUAGAUUGUCUCCAGAUUAUCUGUGUUCUUCUUAAAUGGGUUUUUCCUAUGGUAAGUCUACUUAGUAGUGAUGGAAUGGGGCUAUUUUUUUGGUCCCUUUGUUGUUCAGAAAAAUGAACUGGGGAUUAUCACCUCACCUCCUGAGGCCUCAGUUUCCUCACCUGUAAAAUGACCUUUUUUUUUUAAGUGAGGCAAUUGGGGUUAAGUGACUUGCCCAGGGUCACACAGCUAGUAAGUGUCAAGUGUCUGAGGCCGGAUUUGAACUCAGGUACUCCUGACUCCAGGGCCAGUGCUCUAUCCACUGUGCCACCUAGCUGCCCGUAAAAUGACCUUUGAUGUCUCUUCCAUCUCUAUGAUUGAAUUGAUCCAUGAGCCUCAGUCCUCCAUUAUUCAUUCAAUUAGCCAUAGGUGUUGGGAAGAGUAGCAUUGGAUCGUGAGAUCCAUGUGAUUCUAAACCCUUGUUUUAGGUGAGUUUCAAUCUUUCCCACCAAACUCCUAACAGAACUUCUCACGGGUGCAAAUAGAACAGAACAGAACAGAUGGGAAUUCCCCCUUCUCUGUCCUGUCAUCUGAACAAAUGAUCGUAGGGUCCUAAGAACUCGAGUGGGGGGACCCUAGAAGUCAUCUCAUUCCACCCCUUUGUUUCACAAAAGAGGAGACUUCGUUCCAGAAAGAUUUAAGUGAGGUGCUGAUGGUUCCACGGCUAGUAAGUGGCUGGGCCAGAAUUUGAGCUGCGCCUUUUUUACUGCAAUGCACAAUGUUGCUUCAGGGGGAAAUUAAGCAGAUGGGGAAGGGAACUUAAAGGUAACAAGAAAAGCCUAGAGUCUGAAUAAUCCAUAUACUAGAUAAUAGCCAGUCCCUGAGCCAUUGAAAACUUCCUGCAUCUCUUGUAGAGGAGUAGAUCCUUUUGAUAUCAGGCUUGGAGAUUAGGUCAUUAGGGAUCAUCUUCUACUGUUGAGAAGUGGUGUAAGAAAGUGGUUAAUGGAGCCAUCCAUCACAAACUACCUGCUGUCACUGAAACACUAACAAAUCCCAUUUGCCUGAGAUUUACAGCACCCGGUUUUCAAGGGCUUGCCUCCAGUUCUCUGUUCUAACCUCUGUACCAAACAGAUUGUACUGUGUAUAUCCUUGAGAGAAAAAGCCGAAUGUGUUGUGAUCUUCAUGAUAUGUUGUAACAAUAAAGUAUUUUUAAUGGUUUCAUCAC